AUGAUGCAACCCCAACACCAGAAGGGUGACGCCCUCAAAGAAUAUAGCGUAGACCUUACAGAACUAGCGAGAAAUGGAAAGCUUGACCCUACGAUUGGCCGAGACGAAGAGAUCAGGAGGACUAUUCAAAUCUUGUCUCGACGGACAAAGUCCAAUCCAGUGCUCAUCGGCCCUCCCGGGGUGGGUAAAACUGCCAUUCUAGAAGGGCUGGCCAGCCGUAUUGUAGCGAAGGAAGUACCAGAGUCACUGCAAAAUAAGCGCGUGCUCUCUAUCGACCUUUCGGCCAUCAUGGCCGGGUCAGGGAUUCGUGGACAAUUUGAGGAGAAAUUUAAGGCGCUCAUUAAGGACAUUGAGGACGAGGCUGGAAAUGUUAUUUGCUUUAUCGACGAAGUCCACAUGCUAUUCAACCUCGGAAAAUCGGAAGGAAGCAUCGACGCCGGCCAGAUGAUCAAGCCUUCACUGGCUCGCGGUCUUCAGCUUGUAGGUGCCACCACUCCCGACGAAUAUCGUAAGACGAUCGGUAAAGACGCGGCGCUGGAGCGACGAUUCCAGCCAGUACAGAUCGACGAGCCAACUGUAGAGGCAACAAUAUCAAUUCUGCGAGGAUUGAAGCCUCGGUACGAGGUGCACCACGGUGUAGGCAUCGCGGAUGCGGCGUUGGUAACGGCAGCGGUGUACAGCGCACGAUACAUCUCUGAGCGGUUUUUGCCUGACAAGGCGAUUGACCUGGUGGACGAAGCGGCGUCGGCGCUGCGGCUGGCGCAGGAGUCGAAACCGGAUGAACUAGACGCGCUGGACCGGGAGAUUGUUACGCUUGAGAUUGAGCGCGAGAGUUUACGGAACGAGGCGGACGUAUUCAGUGUCGAGAGAAGGAAGAAGGUCGAGGAAACCUUAAGUGAGAAGCGUACAGAGGCGGAGCGGUUGACAGAAAUUUGGCAAGCUGAGCGUGCGCGCCUCCAGCGUCUGAAAGACUUAAAGCAGCAACUUGAAGAUGCAAAGUAUGAACUCGAGGUCGCCCAAAGGCAAGGCCACUAUGAACGUGCAUCGCAGCUGCGGUUCUCCGUCAUCCCUGACUUGGAGCAUCAACUACCAACGGAGACCGAGCGGACUGAUGGUGAAGAGGAUGAAGGACCACUGUCAAUGCUGCACGAUCGUGUCACGGCUGCGGAUAUCUCACGAGUUAUCGCUAAAGCAACGGGUAUUCCUGUACAGAAUUUAUUGAAGGGCGAGCGAGAGAAGCUUGUACACAUGGAAGAUACCCUCCGCCAGCGCGUUGUUGGCCAAGACCACGUUGUUACGGCCGUCAGUGACGCUGUCCGAAUAUCGCGCGCGGGUCUGCAGCCACCGAAUCGUCCGGUCGCCUCUUUCCUGUUUUUGGGACCGACUGGCGUCGGCAAGACAGAGUUGUGCAAAGCGUUGGCCGCAUUCCUCUUCAACGACGAACAGCGUGGCUUAAUCAAUAUUAACAUGUCAGAGUAUCACGACCGACAUACAAUAUCCCGUCUGAUCGGUGCCGCUCCGGGUUAUGUUGGUUUUGAGGAAGGCGGUCAGCUCACGGAAGCGGUUCGGCGUAAGCCGUAUGCUGUGAUUCUACUUGAUGAGCUGGAGAAAGCACAUAAGGAUGUUGCAAUGAUUCUGUUGCAAAUUCUUGAUGAGGGCAGCAUAACUGAUUCACAAGGUCGCAAAGUUGACUUCAAGAACACGAUCAUCUGCUUGACGAGCAAUUUGGGAAGCGACAUUCUCGCCCACAAGUCAGCGUCUGAUAAGAACGGCGUAGUCACUACUGAAGCACGGGAAGAAGUUUUUGAACGCACUAGCGAAUAUUUUCCACCGGAACUUCUCAACCGGCUGGAUUCAAUGCUCGUCUUCAACAAGCUAUCACCAGAUUCUAUUCUCAAGGUGGUGGACCUGCGCUUGGACGAUGUUGCCGAUCGGCUGAAGGCUCGUCGGAUAACUAUCAAUGUUGAUGCGGCUGCUCGGAAUUGGCUGGCAGAGCAGGGGUAUUCAGAGCUCUAUGGCGCGCGCGCUAUCGCCCGUAUUGUCAGAACCAAGGUGCUGUUCCCACUAGCACAGAAGAUGCUGAACGGCACGAUCAGGGACGGUGAUAUUGUAUCCAUCCGUGUUAGUGCGGAUGGCCAGUAUCUGGACAUCAAAGACAACCACGAUCCCGACAGUUCCGUUAUCUCUUCCAAACCAAUCAACGCUCUUACUGAUGAUUAA